AUGGUUCUGAUUAGCAGAUACCCAUGUGUUAGGUGUAUUGCAAGGUCGACAACAAACCUUGCCUUAUUCGGGCGACGCGCACCAAUUUUCCAGACAUGGACCCAGAUUGCUAAAUAUUCGGGCCUCCCGUUACCGAGUACUCCUAAGAAUUCGCAAGUUAGUAGCGUUCAAGACAAUGGUUCGAGCAAGAAGCCUGCCGGAGAGCCUGGACUUGCUAUUAAGUCGUUACGGAAAGCUCUCGGAAGUGCUUCGACCACAUACUCGGUGUAUGGAGCUGCGGAAAUAAUAUUCAAGGAAUGUGCUAGGCAUGCCGCAUACAAAAUGCCCAAAGCUGGGGCUACUGAGGAGAUGCCGACCACUGAAAACGGUGAGGAGAUUGGUGUUCGUGAAGUUGAUGCCCAAUGGUACCAGGAAUUUGACCUCCCGGUAACAUUUAGUACUUGGUCCCAAGUAACAAUGCUACACAUGUACCUUCUAGUUGUACGCAUCCGAAAUAUGAGUCCUCAUCUCGUUCAACUAUGGCAAAAAAACCUGCAAGACCAGUUCUUCUUUGCCGCCGAGGAUGGAAUGGUCAUAAAUCAUGAGAUGACUUCAGGUAGUGUUAGAGCAAAAUAUCUGAAGGAUUUAUAUGUACAAUGGAGAGGUCUCAUCGCGGCGUAUGAUGAGGGUUUAGUUCGGGGGGAUGCUGUGCUAGCUGGUGCAAUAUGGAGAAAUAUAUUUCAGGCUAACAGCGAAGUAGACAUACGACAUUUAGCUCAAAUCGUGAGCUACAUCCGACAUACUCUCCAGGAUCUAGAUGGUAUCCUAGCAGUCCCAGAACUUGUAAAUUUCAAGUUUAUGAAUAUUAGUGCAGAGAAAGCCUCUAUCGCUCUGCCUAGUAAGACAAUGAGUGAACCAUUUGAGACUGAUCAUAAGAAACAAAAAGUGUGA